CAUUUAUUUAUACUAGAAUAUUAUUUAUUUAUUUUUUGGUAUAGACACUGAAUAGUCGAAUAUUUUUUUCUUAUCUAAGUUUUUAAAAUAAUUCAUACGGAAAUUUACUGUUGAUCAUGGGUAUUUUUGUUGUACAACUGUACAAAUUGUACAAAAUUUCAAAAUUUGGAAAUAGAGUUUUACACGUUAUAUAUUUGGACAUUGUCGGAGUUACUAAUCCAUUAAAUCCGUUUUACAACUUUUUUCAUUUUCAAGUCUUCCUUUUUUUUACAAAAUUAAAAAAUCACAUUAUGACUAAUAUUCGAGAAGAUGCUGUUUGGGCUGCGUAUAAUAGAGCAUGUUCAUUAACGGAUACUACUAUUCAUAAUACUCUGAAUAAAGUACAUGAAUUUAGAAAACAAACUAUUCUUGCUAAUGAAUUUCUCACAAAAGAUGAAAAAUCAGAAGUAAUAAAAUUUUUAAAUGAAACUCAUGACAAUUAUAAAAUUCAUUUUAAUGAAGGAACAAAAAGAAUUUGUAAAAAUUGUCAAGAUGAAUGUUUAGCAACAUUAUAUUGUGAACAUUGUGUUCGAAAUUAUUUAAAAGAAAAUUUUUCAAACUGGACAUCUGGAAAUAAUGAUAUUGAUAAUUUAAUACAAAAAUGUCAAAUGGAAACAUUUCAACCAGAUAAUAUAGUUGAAUGGAUCCCAUAUAAUAAUUUACAAAAUGUUAAAUAUUUAACUAAAGGUGGAUGUUCCGAAAUUUAUACAGCAGAAUGGAUAGGUGGAAGUUAUGAAUGGGAUUUUAAAGAAAAACAAUUAACAAGAUAUGGAAAUCAAAAUGUAAUACUUAAAGAGUUAGAAAAUGUUGAAAGUGCUAACAGAAGAUGGUUUGAAGAGAGCAAAUCUCAUUUAACUAUAAGUAACAAAUGGGGAGUUGUAGUACAAUGUUUUGGCCUAACAAAGAAUCCUUCAAGUGGAAAUUAUAUGCUUGUAAUGAAUGAAAUGGAAAUGGAUUUAAGAACAUAUCUAAAGCAAAGUUAUAAUAAUCUUAUAUGGAAAGAACGAAUACAAAUUGCUUAUAACAUAAUAAAUGGAAUUUACAGCAUUCAUAAGGAAAAUGCAAUUCAUAGAGAUUUGCAUUCUGGAAAUAUCUUAGAACUUAAUCAAGCUUUUAACAUUAGUGAUCUUGGAUUUUGUGGACCUGUUGAUAAACCACUAAAUAGUGUAUAUGGAAAUCUUCCUUAUAUAGCACCAGAAGUGAUUACUGGUAAAAAAACUACUUUUGCAUCUGAUAUUUAUAGUAUUGGUAUACUUAUGUGGGAAAUUUCAUCAGGACAACCACCAUUUGUUAAUUUUGAGCAUAAUUAUGAUCUUGCAAUGAAAAUAGUAAAUGGAAUGAGACCAAAAAUAGUACCAGGAACUCCUUUAGAAUAUAAGAAAUUAAUGGAACAGUGUUGGGAUGCUGAUUCAACAAAAAGACCUGAUGCUGGUACAUUACGGAAAGAUGUAAAAAAAAUAUUUUUAAAUUUCCAAAACAAUCAAGAUGAAAGUCAAAAACAAAUAAUUUCUAAUCAACGUCAACAAUUAAGUAUUUACUAUUCAAGUAAUUCAAUCGAUUCAAUAAGCAAAAAUUAUACUAGUAAAACUUAUCAAUUUGAAAAUUUUCCUGAACCAAAAAAUGCAACAGAAGAAGAACAAGAAGCAUUCCAUAGUAAACCUUAUAGCUUUAACAUUCCUAACAAUAUUGACUAUUUUAAUAAUUCAAGUGUUGAAAAAAAUGUUAAUAUAUCAAAAUCGAAUAGUGUAUAUAAAGUAUUUGGAAAAUUAGAAAUCAAUUCAAAUUAUAAUAUUCAAAAUAACGAUUAUGAGAAAGAAACUGUGCAACAAACAAAGAAGCAUAAUUUAGAUAUAAAUGAUAAAAGCAAGACGAUUUAAAAAUUUCUAACGGUAAAAUUUCUAAAAAAAUUAAAACAUCUUAAAUUUAACAUCUU